UCAUACAAGACUUUUUUUUUCCCAAUAAUUUUACUUUCAGCCAUGUGGAAUAGUUGGUAAAAAGAACUUGAGCCAUUGGUUUUGAUAAGAUAGAAUAUAUUCUUGUAUGUAAACACAUAAUAGCAGCUGCAAUAAUGACUCUCCAUUUUGUUACCUUCAAUUGUGAAUUCAUUCUAAAACCAAUCAGACUUUUACUCAUGCUUUUCUUGGUUUGUUUGUGUCUUUCUCUAAAUCUGAUAUAAUGUUUCUUGCUUCCUUGUUUCCACAGGGAAACAAUGCCUAUAGGCGAAAUCAUUCUCGCUGCUUUUAUUAAGGUGUUGUUUGAGAAGUUGGCCUCAAUUGACCUACUGAACUUUGCUCGUCGGGAGCAGGUUCAUACUAUCUUCAAGAGAUGGAGUGGAGAAUUAACUGAAAUUCAGGCAUUCUUGGAUGAUGCGGAGGAGAAACAGAUAGAAAAUAGAGCUGUGAAAAUGUGGCUAGAGGAACUCACAGACCUAGCUUAUGAUCUGGAUGACAUACUGGACGAGUUUGCCACUGAAGCUUUGCAGCGUAAGUUAACAACCGAGUCCCAAGCAGCUAGCACAAGCAAGAGCAAGCUACGAGCCAUGAUACCUACAUGUUGUAAAGGAUUCAGUCCAACAACACUUUUGUCUGAUUUUAUGAAGAGUUCCAUUUCCAAGAUAGAGGAAAUCACUACCAGAUUGCAAAGUAUUUUUGAAAGAGGAAGUCGACUUGGUUUACAAAACAUUGUUGCAAGAGAAUCUGCCAAAGCUUGGCACAGACCACCCUCCACGUCCUUGAUACAUGAACCUCGCAUAUGUGGUCGGGAUAAGGAAAAAAGGGAGAUAAUUGAUUUUCUCCUAAGAAAUGAGUCAAGUGAUAACAAAGUGGGCGUAAUUCCCAUUGUAGGUAUGGGUGGGCUUGGCAAGACCACCCUUGCGCAGAUGGCAUACAAUGAUGAAGUAGUGAACAAGAAUUUUGAUUCGAAAGCAUGGGUCUGUGUUUCUGAUGAGUUCGAUAUUUUGAGAAUCUCAAAAGUAAUUCUUGAGUCUAUUACUUCCAAGUCUUGUGAAUUGAAAGAAUUGAAUCAAGUUCAAGUUCAGCUAAAGCAAAAUUUGGUUGGAAAAAAGAUUUUAAUUGUUUUAGAUGACGUAUGGGACAAGAAAUACAAUGAUUGGAACGUUUUGAAGAGCCCCUUUAAUGAUGGAGCCCCAGGAAGUAAGAUAAUUGUAACAACUCGUGAUAGAGAUGUUGCAUCUAUUAUGGGAACCGUUCAAAAUCAUUUGUUACAGCAUCUAUCAAAUGAUGAUUGUUGGUCAGUGUUUGAACAACAUGCCUUUGGGAAUAGAAGCUUGGAUGCAAAUCCAAAUUUGGUGUUUAUUGGUAGGAAAAUUGUGGAAAAAUGUAAAGGUUUGCCUUUGGCUGCUAGGACACUCGGUGGCCUUUUACGGUGCAAAGAAAGAGACGAUGAGUGGGAAAUUGUAUUGAAUAGCAAAAUAUGGGAUUUCACAGAACAAGGCAAUGAAAUCCCCUCAGCUUUGAGAUUAAGCUACCAUCAUCUCCCUUCACAUUUGAAGCAAUGCUUUGCAUAUUGCUCUAUACUGCCAAAGGACUAUGAAUUUGAGGAGGAGGAGUUAGUCUUCUUGUGGAUGGCAGAAGGCCUUCUUCAGCAACAAAAUGGAAAGAAGCGAAUGGAAGAUUUAGGAGCUGAAUACUUUCGUGAACUGCAAUUGAGGUCUUUUUUCCAACCAUCAAGUGGUGGUGAAAGCUCAAAAUUUGUGAUGCACGACCUCAUCAAUGAUUUGGCUCAGUCAGUUGCAGGAUAUACUUGUUUUAGAUUGGAGGAUAAAUUGAAGGAUCAGGAGCAAUGCAAAAAAUUGAAGAGUGCUCGACAUUCAUCUUUCAUGCAAAGCAAAUUUGAUGCAUUCAAAAAGUUUGAAACUUUUUAUGAAGCCGAGAAUGUAAGGACCUUCUUACCAUUGUCCUUAAGUGAAAAUAGCUAUUGUUAUUUGACAAGCAAGGUUCCCCUUGAUCUGUUGCCAAAGAUGAAACGCUUAAGGGUGUUGAGUUUGAAUAGAUAUCACAUUGGCGACGAACUUAUUCCAAAAUCAAUUGGAGAUUUGAAACAUUUGCGAUAUCUUAACUUUUCCUACACCAGAAUCAGAACAGUACCUGAAUCAUUAGGUACCCUAUACAAUCUACACACUUUGAUGCUAAAAGGUUGUCCAUUACUGAGGAAAUUGCCUGCGGACAUGGGAAACCUAAUCAACCUACGUCAUCUCGAUAUGAUUGAUUCAGAUUCCUUGGAAGAAAUGCCACGAAGAAUUGAUAAGUUGACAAGUCUCCAAACACUAUCCAAUUUUAUUGUUAUGAAAGACAAUGGGUUUCGUAUAAGAGAGUUGGGGAACUUGAUUCAUCUUGGAGGGAAACUUUGCAUAUCGGGAAUAGAAAAUGUGGUUGAUCCUCAGGAUGCAAGAGGGGUGUGUUUAAAUGACAAGCAAGGUAUAGAUGUGCUAACAAUGGUGUGGAGUAGUGAGAGCUUGGAUGGUUUACUAAAUGAAAUGGUAGAAACAGAAGUACUAGACAUAUUAAAACCUCACAAGAAGCUGAAAGAGCUAUACAUUAGAGGCUACCAUGGUAUGAGUUUUCCAACUUGGAUAGGAGAUCCUUUGUUCUCCAAUAUGGUGUGCAUGAAGUUACAAAAUUGUAAAAAUUGCACUUCCUUACCGCCACUUGGACAACUACCCUCUUUGAAAGACCUUCACAUUGAAGGAAUGAGUGCCUUAAAGCAUGUGGGUUGUGAGUUCUAUGGGCAGCAUUGCGCCAAACCUUUUCCAUUACUCGAGACACUAUGUUUUGAGAAUAUGUCAGAAUGGGAGGAUUGGUACAUUUUUGGAAUUGACAAGGAAGUUCAAACCUUCACUCGUGUUAUUGAGCUCUCCAUCAAAAAAUGUCCCAAACUUGUGGGAAUGUUGCCGAGUAAUCUUCCUUGCCUAAAAACUCUUGAGAUUAUAAAUUGCCCGCAGCUGCUUGUUGAAGCUUCUAGCCUUGCUCUUCCG